AUGCAGGUGCCCGCGUCGACGGGCCACCCCACGAUCUGGGCGCACCGGGGCCUGCCGAGGUGGUGCCCCGAGAACACCCAGGUCUCCUUCCGCCAUGCCUUGGAGGACGGAGCACAUGGCAUCUGGGCAGAGGUGCACCUCACGGCGGACAAUCAGCUGGUGUGCCUCUCGGACGACACGGUAGAUCGGACCACGAAUGGGUCUGGCGCCAUCCGCGCGCUGCCCUUCGCCGCCGCGCGCUCGCUGGAGGCGGGCCUGCACCGCGGCCGCGAGUUCCAGGGCGAGAAGAUCCCGCGACUGGACGAGGUGCUGCGGCUGGCGCUGGAGAGCCACCGCUGGCGGGCGCCCGGCAGGAAGGUGGUCCUCGAGCUCGCCGGGCCGAUGUCCGGGCUGCACGGCCUGGGCCGGGCAGCAGCGUGGGCCGGGCUAUUCCGGGACUGCCCCGCGUACGAGUCGCUGCCGCGGCACUUGGUCGCCGCCCUCACAGGCCACGGGAGGGAGGUGGCAGACGGCAGAAUCAUGGUGGCCUCCUUCCACAGGCCAUACCUGGAGGAGCUCCAGCGGCUGCGCCCUGCCCUGUGCCAGGAGCUUCCCCUCGUCUACCUCUCCCACGCCGCCGCCCAGGGCUGGCUCGAGAGGGAGGACCUCGAGAACUGCAGGGUGGCUGACGGCGUCUGCGUGCCGCUGUCGCUCCUGACGGCAGAUGUCGUGGCGAAGCUCAGGAAGCACCACGACUUGGUCCUCGGCUGGGAGGAAGGCGGCUCUGGCGCUAAUCUAGAGCGUGCCUUGUCCCUCGGCAUCGACGGCAUCAGGACCACGAACGCGGACCUCGCAGCGGAGGUGUUCCAGAGGGUAGGGCUCAAGUCGGUGCGGAGUGACUGCCACGGUUGGGGAGGGCCCAAGCCACGGUCUGGACGAAGAGAGGAACCCGAGAGUUUCCUCAACCUCAUCGGCACCAGCUGCUGCUACGCAAGGGACUGA